CACCACGAUCCGAGUCACUGAAAAGGCUUUCGACUCAAGCCUCCAUCCGCCAUUUUCAGCAGAUUGACAGCAGGUAGAGCACAAAAAUCACAAGUUCCCGGUGAAAUAAAAGCAGGUCAUGGCUAUUACUGGAGGUACGGUGGAGUCUCUGGAUGAAAUUCCAGCUCAUGUUUGGAAAGGUUUGCCUGACUGUCUGAAUCUGGGACCUUCUGCUAUAAAUCAGAGCCGCAUUGGCGUUUGGUCAACACGAGUGAUCCCUAAAGGCAAGAGGUUUGGUCCAUUUGUUGGAGAGAAGAAAAAAAGGUCCCAGGUGACCAGCAAUGUUUACAUGUGGGAGGUUUAUUUCCCAACACGGGGGUGGAUGUGUAUCGAUGCCACAGACCCCAUGAAGGGGAACUGGCUGCGAUAUGUUAACUGGGCUCGCUCCAGUGAAGAGCAGAAUCUUUUCCCCCUGGAAAUCAACAGAGCCAUUUACUACAAAGUAUUACGGCCUAUCGGGCCGGGAGAGGAGCUGCUGGUGUGGUACACUGUGGAAGACAACCCUGAGAUAACAGCUGCACUGGAGGAAGAAAGGGCCAGCAGUCUGAGCAGGAAAAAUUCAACCAGGGCGAAGCGAGCAGCCAGAAGAAAGCUGUUGGAGAAAGCCAGACAGGCUGGUUUGGGUGGAUUCAAGAAAACAAGUGGAACCAAACCUACUGUCAAGGACAUGUGGGAUGGGGAAGCAGGUGUGAAGGAGACUGAGGAGGAUGAGACGCCACUAUCCACGCAGGAACUCAAGACAGCCCAUCCACUGGGGAGCACUGACCAUAAAGAUGUGCAGGACAUGUCAACAGCAUUAACAGAUAGGGGAGGUAUGGAGGAGGCAGAGGAGGAAGAGGAGGAUGAUGAAGUAGAAGAAGAAGGAGAGGAGGAGGAGGAGGAUGGUGGUGAUGUGGAAGAUUCACUUGAAAUAAAGCACCAAACUGCUCAGCAUUCAACUGUGACUGAUUCCAUGCUUAACAAGCUAACCUGUGGUGAAGACAGCCACAGGGAUUCACAGGUCAAGUCGGAGUGUUCCUCCCUAGCAGGGCGAGAACCAGAGGUUGAUCUUGAUCUUGACCCUGAUGGUGACCUUGAGGGUGAUCCACAAGGAGAGCCCUAUCCCUGUCAGCACUGUGAGCGCCACUUCUCCACCAGACAGGGCCUGGAGCGUCACAUACACAUUCAUACCAUGAGCAACCAGCAAGCACAACUUUUCAAGUGCCGCUACUGCAAUAAAUCCUUUGGCUCACAGGUGGGACGGCGGCGGCACGAGAGACGGCAUGAAAACGGAUCUAAGAAAAGGCCUGGCUCCCUGGCUGGACCCGCCAGUCCUGUGGUGCAGACCGAUUCAAGCCCUGACUGCACCAGCCCAACUUCUCACUAUAUAGCCAUAGGCUCCCAGUUUACAGGAGGACAGCUGCACAACUCUGAGAUGCAGAGAAAGGAGUCAGGGCCUCAUGUUGAUCGGCCCUUCAUGUUGGAUGAAAAUGGGGAGUCAAAGGAACUCCAUCCCUGCAAGUACUGUAAUAAAGCUUUUGGCACACACACUAACAUGCGCAGACACCAACGGAGAAUACAUGAACGACACUUGUUACCAAAAGGAGUUCGCAAGAAAGCCAUGCUGCAGCAAGAGGCAGUGCAACAGCCUGAUGGGUCCCCCGGCACUAGCCCUCCAACCAUCUACGUGCCCAGUGCAGACACAGAAGACGAGGCGGACAGGGAUGAUUAUGCAGUUGACAUAUCCAAAAACAUCUCUGAGAACUUGAGUUUUUACAUCGAUGGCAAGAUUGUGUCCACCAGUACAGUGAGUACUUGUGAGGUGAUAGAAGUGGACUCGAGAUCUGCGGCUCUGUUUGGUCUGGACACCGUCAUCCUCAACCCAACUCAGAUCAGCCAAGCUCUGAAGGUGGAGGCUAGAACAAGUGGCGCAAAGCAAGUCUCCAACACUGGGCAGCCAGCAGCGAAAAGGAGAACAUCUACACCCCCGCUUAUUCCCAACCUUAAAGUGGAGACAGAAACGUCAGCAUCAUCUUCAUCAUCAUCCUCCACAUCGUCCUCAUCGAACUUCUUAGUGGGAGGACUGUUCCAGCAGGCCACUGAUUCAUCGGCAUUUCAGCGAGAGAAAACCGUUUACCUCUCGCCUAAGCUCAAACAGCUUCUUCAGACGCAAGACAUUCAGAAAUCAGUAACUUUGAUAACAGAAAGCCAUAAACUGGCCUCACCGCUGUCGGUCAUGCCGCUGCAAGGGUCUUCGGGGAAGUUUAAAAGAAGAACGGGCUCUCCUCCGUCAUCUCCGCAGCUCAGCCCUGGGAGUAAAACGGAGAGCGCUAAAGCUGAAGUGGCGAGCUCAUACACUCUUAAGGUGCCAAAGCUGGAAAGCCAGAGCACGUCACCUUCUGAGAGCCUGAUGGACAAAGAUGACAGGGAAACCCUGAGCCCUUCUGUGAUCCAUAACCAACCUUCCUCUAGUAGCGGAGGAAAUUCCUGUAAUCAGCAGCCCUUGGAUUUGUCAAACUCUCUCAGUAAGAGGAGCGACAGUUUGAACAAGGUGCUCGGGGAUUCAGCUCUUGAUUUAAGCUUGCAUCGGAAGACUGCUGUCGAGCCCGAAUCCAAGGGAAAUUCAGCACCACAGCCUCUAACAAAAAAGAAAAAGCCUAACACCAGUAUGCUUGAAAAGGUGCUAAUGAAUGAGUAUGUUGGUCUAACUUUGCCAGAAGAGGGUCCCUCAACUUUGGCAAACUCAACUUCUCUGCAUUCUCCCUCUCCAAAUGUUGCAUCCGAGUCAGCCAACUCGUCUCCGCCAUCUUUGACCCCUGUCACCAUGAAUCCCUCUUCACCCGGUACCUCUAGUGUCACAUCCCCAACACCACCUCCACCUGUACUUCCCACCAUACCGUCUCCACCAUCUAUGCCUAGUUCUCCUCUCUCUCAGCCUUCGGACUCAUCUGCGCCACCUCUUCCUGUGCUCUCGCCAAAAAUGUCUCCAAGAUCACUUGAACAGAAAUCCCACUCGGAGGAAAACUUCUUAGCUGAGGAAAACAAAGAUGAGGAGGAGAAGCACAUCUCUGAGCCACUGGAUUCCCCAGACACGCCACUUAAAAGUCCCCCUAAUGGUUCAACUACACCGAGCCCUCCGGAGCCUGAAUCGGUCAAUCUGCCCACUACAGAAGAUGAUAUCCCUCAGACUGAAAUUUGCAACAAUCUGCUUAAUGGUAAUCAGAACCAAGACACUGUCCCUGAAACAGAGAAACCUGACUUUGCUGCUGUCUCAUCCCAACCAGAAUCUCCCUCAACAUCUCCUGCUCCUGUGUCACAUGAUUCAUCCCCAUCCCUAGCUUCACAGUCUUCCCUUCGGAUUAAAAUAAAAGAAGAACCUCAGCACAGUGUAGAUGAGUUAUCGGAUACUAAUCAUGCCUCUCCGGAUGGUGUUGACGCGUCUCCUCAGCCUGCUGCUGCUGUUUCUCCUGAACCGGCUGAUAAAACUGCUGAGCACGAGGAAGUUGACAUGACGUACUGCAAGACAUUUGUGUGUAAUGUCUGUGAAGAGCCGUUCGGCUCAAUCAAAGAACUCAGUGGACAUAUCACAGAGCAUGCUGCAGACUGGCCUUUCAAGUGCGAGUUUUGUGUUCAGCUGUUUGGUGACGCUCCUGCCCUGCUUACUCACCGGACUACACUACAUGGAGUGGGCCAGAUCUUUGUAUGCUCCAUUUGUUCCAAAGAGUUUGCCUUUCUCUGUAACCUCCAGCAGCAUCAGAAUGAUCUGCAUCCAAAUGAAGCAUGCUCACAUACUACUGUAGAGAGUGGGAAACUUAGGCCACAAAAUUACACUGAUCCUUCUAGAGCCAAAGAGGAAAGCUGUCCCUCAACACCAGGGCCAGAGAUGACUGAUGAAAAUACUCCACCCAGUGACUCUCAUUUAGCAAAAGAAGAGCCGGAUGUUAAUGGAAAUCAUGCAGAGGAAGGGGCAGAGGACCCCAACGAGGAGCUGUACACUACAAUAAAGAUCAUGGCUUCAGAAGGAGGGAAACCUAAAGGCCCUGACGUCCGCCUUGGCAUUAAUCAGCACUACCCCAGUUAUAAACCACCCCCAUUUCCUUAUCAUAGCCGUUCCCAUGCUGGUUCUGUGGCCUCGGCUACAAACUUCACUACCCACAACAUACCACAGACUUUUAGCACUGCCAUUCGCUGCACCAAGUGUGGCAACAGCUUUGACAACAUGCCUGAACUGCACAAACACAUACUGGCCUGUGCCAGCGCUAGUGAUAAAAAGCGUUACACUCCCAAGAAAAACCCCAUCCCUCUCAAGCAAAUAGUGAAGAGUCCGAAUGGAGUGGUGUCCCCCACAGUAGCUGCUGCAGGCCAGAGUCCUUUCCGUAGAAUGGGUCAGCCAAAGAGACUAAACUUUAAUCAAGACACUGGUAAAACAAAAAUGAGCGCCCUCAGUAAGAAGAAAAACCAGCUGGUGCAGAGGGCAAUUUCACAGAAAAAUAAAAUUGCCACAAAUGCAAAGAAGGCCACCAUCAAAGUCGAAGAAGAGCAUGCCUCUAAUGUCUGUCCCCACUGCAGUCGGGUGUUUACCUAUACUGCGAGUCUGACUAAACAUAUGGUGGUCAGCUGCCCCAUGAAGCCUGUCGUUAAAAAGGGCAAAAGAGGUCUAGCGGAGGUGAAAAAAGAGGCAGGGUCUGUGGUAGAUAAAAACACAAGUUAUAGGAAAAAGGCGCCUGACAGCGAAGCGCAGACAGAGACUGAGUCUAAACCUUUGGGAAAGACCAGAGCUCGUAGCUCUGGUGGAGCAGACCCUGAAACUCUCCAGGCAAGCAAAGGAAAAACCCCUGCUGCAGUGGGUCGACCAAAGAGGCCCGCCGCUUUCCCAGCUCCGGUUCUUGCAAGCAAAAAAACUAAGAAGGUCCAAGCUCAGUCUUUACCUCCCACCCUUUCACUGCCGGACACUCCGAGUGAGGCUGCACAGCGGCCAGCCAUGAGAAUGCAGCGUAUGGGCAAAGAGGCAGCACCCAAGAGAUUAGCAGAGGUCAAAUCAUCCCCACCACUACAGCAGCAGCAGCAACAGCAAGUGAAGAAAGAGGAGCGAUUCUCUCUUCGAACAAGGGAGAGAGUGGGUGGUCCAGUUACCAGGAGCUUACAGAUGGCCAGCACAGCUCCUACUGCUGAGGAGAAGACUGAUGAGCCACCAGUUCAAGAGCCAAAAGACACUCAGGAGGUGCUGAUGAAAUGAGCCAUGUGACAUUAUUGAGCUCCCUCUGUUCAACCUAUCAGGCAGCACUCUGGACUCAUCGAAGAACCGAGGACAACCUUCCUGGUGUUUUUGCUCCUUUCCUUUCUUUCUUUUUUUUUUUUCUACUCAAAACAUGUCAAGCUUAUCUCAGCUGCCUUUGUUGGAUUUAAAGGAGGGCACUCUUUAUCUUCCAUCCAUCUUAUGAACUGAACUGAGCCUCGAUUUCUAGCCAGCCUUGCAAAAAAAAACAAAAAAAGGAAACUGUAAAUGACAGUGAGUUAAUAUAUUCAAUGGUGUGUCAUUACUUGACCCAAAACAGUAAGAUUAGGGCUCCGUUGUUUUGGAAAGCUGACAUAUUGCAAAUGGCAAUCAUGCAUCAGUUAGUGUUAGGGAAACUAGUUUAUUCUUUUUUCCGUAUUUUCCCCUUUUGGUUUAUUAUUUUUUUUUUUUUUUUUUUAGUUUUAUUUGGAUGUCUCCAGAGUCUCUUAAUGCAUGAGCUGUAUAGAGUAAAAAGCUAGAUUAAACCCAUGCCUAAUCCAGUGGGCACCUACUUCAGUUUAUACAUGAUUUGCAAAGUAUGUAUGUUCUGAUUUAAAUUUUUUUGUAGUUGUUAUAUUGUAGAAUAUAUCUUAUUUGUUUGGGAAACAAAAAUGAAAAUGGGCAGUAGUUUACUGCAACAAUUGGUCCUCAGGAACACUGUAUAUGCGUGUGGUAAGUAUGUGUAUGGUUAUGGUUGGAUGUGCAGCCUGACAGCUAUUUCUUAGGUCUGAAUCUCAUCUAUGUGUCAUGUUUUACUUGCUUCCUCUUCUGUUCAUUUGGUGUUGGCAGGUAAUUCCAGUUGUAAAAUGUGAUGGGACUGAUGUUGGAGUCUCCUUAAAACAAUGAAAAUCAUUUUAAUAUCACACAUUAAGCCCAGUGUUCUUACAGCACUUUAAAAAAAAACUGCCAAAAUUUCAAGCUGGAUUGGUAAGCUUCUUUAAAAAAAAAAAAAAAAAAAAAAAUGUGCAUAAUGGAAUGUAUUCAGGUCUGCUGCACUUUCCAGACACUGAUAAUUUCUCCCAAAGGGCAGAAAAUGAUUCUUCCAAUCUCAGAUAUUUACCCUUUGAAGCCUUUCUGUAAAGAAGUCUCCAAACUGCUUGUCGUCAUUAAGAAGUUUGACACAGGAAAAUGACACAUGAACCAACUUUUUUUUUUUUUUUUUUUUAAUGCCAAAAUGCAUGAUAUUAAUCUUUAAAUAAGACAAAACACAGCAGUGUUUUUUGUAAGUGGACAUGUGUGAAGUUGCUUCAUGUGUUGUUUCUCAUCUGAAAGUCACAGAAAUGGAGCUGAAGGUUUUUUUUGUUUUGUUUUGUUUUGUUUUUUUAAUUUUUUUUAUUUUAAGGACGGUGCCAUUUUUGUUUCAGUGAGUUAAUGUAUUUGGUAAACCUGUAUUUGAUGAGAAUGUCAUCAAGGCCCUACCAGUGAAAACUUUAUUUUUAACUUUGUUUCUCCAGUGUUCGACCCACUUUUUCUACUCCCAUCCAGUUUAUCUGACGGCAAACACGCAGGCAGUGCUUAAACACUUGUAGCAUGUUCUGGGAAAGUAAAUUGAACAAUAUGAUUAAAAGCUAAUUUAUAUUUCCAUGAGAAAUCUGUUUUGCCUUUCAGCAUCACGAUUAUGUAUUUAAGGAUGAACAAAGACAAAGAUCCCAAAUGACCUCAUGUAAAACGUUGCUGUAAUUGACAAUUAAAAUAAGUUUUUCAA